AUGUCUUCUGCUGCUGCUAUCAGAUAUAGUGACAUGCUUAAAGUAGAUCCCAUGCCUAUUGCCGAUGAUGCUCUAUAUGUACAGACUUUGGAUGGUGGUCGUGGUGAAUUGAUAGAUUUCGAGGAUAUUAGAGAUAGAUCUGAUGAGGAAUGGUUACAAUCUCUGAGACCGUAA